UUACAGCCUAAUAAUGGAUACUGGAUGAAGAGAGCGGUGAAUAGCUCGGCGUUCGAUUGCUUAAGCCUGGAGCUAGAAGGGGCGGCCAUGUUGAGUGUGUCGGCGUAACCUGCUGCUGUCAGAGCGGGGGAGACCCGCACCCCAUCCCGUUAUAUCCUGUGCCCCUUCUUAUGAGCCGUGGGGUUUUCAUUGCCUAGUGGGGGAGUUCCCGUCUCUCCUUCCCGGUGCAUGAGCCGGGAGUACGUCCUCCUUCCCUCCCACUCCUCUGCUCCGGGAUGUUUUCUAAAAAAACUCACGGGGAUGUAAAGAAAUCCACCCAGAAAGUACUGGACCCUAAAAAGGACGUUCUGACCCGCCUGAAACACUUGCGGAUCGUCAUUGAAAAUGCAGAAUCCAUCGAUCUCAAACAGUUUUUUGAACAAAACUACUCCCAUAUAUAUUAUGUCUUCUUUGAAAAUUUUGUGCUGAUUGAAACAUCUUUGAAACAAAAAGGUCACAAAUCUCAAAGAGAGGAACUAGAUGCCAUUCUGUUUAUAUUUGAGAAAAUCUUACAGCUUCUUCCAGAGAGAAUCCAUCAGAGAUGGCAGUAUCACAGCAUCAGUUUGAUACUGAAAAAGCUGCUUCAUACUGGGAAUUCCUUAAAGAUCCGCCUUGAAGGACUGCGCUUAUUCCUCCUGUGGCUUCAAGCACUCCAGAAUAACUGCAGUUCAGAGCAACUCGGUAUAUUCGCUUGUCUCAUUCCUGGCUUCCCGGCGCCACCAUCUGACCAUGGGAUAUGCACUCUGGAUAAUCUAAUAAACCUUCCUUUGAAUCUCCAAGAAAAUCAAAUCACAGUUGAGGAAAUUACACCACUUGUACCGCCACAAUCGGGAGAAAAAGCUCAGGAAGAUUCUACUAGUUUCUAUCUUGAAGCUUUAUUGAAGUACAUGGUAAUACAGGUCCGAAGUUUGGAAUGGCGCAACAAAGAAAAAGAGGAAUGUGGCUUUGCCUUUUUAUUCUCAAACUUUAAGCAAUUUUACAUGCCUUACAUUUUCCCUGCCAUGAGCAGGGAAAGCAGCCUAUACAACCCAGUACUUGAGAUCCCACAGAUGAGAUCUAAACCUCACUAUAUGCUGAUCCGGAGAGAUGCAGAGAGCAAUGAAGCUCAGUACUGCACCAAAGAGCCCUUCCUCAGUGCUCGGGUGACUGUCAUCCGGUGGCUGGUGUCAUUCUGGCUUGAACCAAAGCCACAUGCAGGAGUGCAGAUUCCUGGGACUGAAGGGGAGAAUGUGCCAAAGAAUAUACAGAGAGCUGCUGCCAGUCUGGCUGCCCAAGAGGAAAAUAGGAACGAGAGCAUGGAGCGCACAGCUGAGCCAGAGCAAUCCCAUUCAAACACCAGCACACUUACAGAGAGAGAACCCAGUGUAUCCAGCCUCUGUAGUAUUGCAGAGGAGCAUGUUACAGACUAUGAAAUCAUCCGCAGGUUCUUUUCGAGCAAGCGCUGCCAUGUUGAUUUUGUAAUAGAGAUCUUCAGGCAGGCAUUUUUGUUGCCUAUAUGUGAAGCUGCUGCCAUGCGCAAGGCGUUAAAAGUAUAUGAACAGUGGAUCAAACAGAAAGACAAGCCUUUAUUCAUGCAAGAGCCAGACGAUACAGUCCCCACCAAUGCUGCAGAAAUUGCUGUAGAGCUCCAAGAAAUGUCCAACGUGCCUACUGAAAUGACAAAGGAAGGGGAAGAGGAAAAAAUGACAGGAUCUUCUGGACAUAUUCGAACCCCCAGCUUGAAUAAAAACCACAAGGAAGCCAGUAAUAAGCUGUCGGAAGCAGAAACAUUGGACAGAAAAGUAAAAGCAGGGGCUCAAGCUGUGUACCAGGUGUUUAUUGUAAAUUCUGCAAAUAUCAUUUUGCUGGAGCCUGCUAAUGAGAAUAAAAUAAUGCUGAAUGAACAUACAGAUAUGUGCAAGAGAGUUCUGAACAUUUAUCGAUACAUGGUGGUCCAAGUCUCCAUGAACAAGAAGACCUGGAUGCAGCUGCUGCUUGUCAUGCUAAGGGUCACAGAGUCUGUACUGAAGAUCUCACCACAAGUUUUAGGUCAGUAUCAAGGCAGAAAGAAUCAGAUCCUGGCUGGACGACUGGCGGGACCCCUCUUUCAGACCCUGAUUGUUGCAUGGAUAAAGUCAAGUCUGCAUGUUAGUGUGUCCCGGGAAUUGUGGGAUGAUCUUCUUGCGGUAAUGUCUUCAUUGACGUAUUGGGAGGAGCAGGCUACAGAAUGGGCUCACACCAUGGAAACUUUGACCAAAGUGCUAGCCAAGAAUGUCUACCACCUCGACUUAAAUGAUUUGCCCUUAGACAAGCUGAGCGAACAGAAACAGAAGAAACACAAAGGCAAAGGGGGUAGCCAUGAUUUCCAGAAGGUCUCUGUGGACAAAUCUUUCUCACGAGGCUGGAGUAGAGAGCAGCCUGGGCAGGCCCCAAUGCGGCAGCGGAGUGCCACAACCACUGGUUCCCCCGGCACUGAGAAAGCCAGAAAUAUUGUGCGCCAGAAAACCAUUGCCAUGAGGAGCCGAUCCAUUGGGGACAGUGCCUUGCCAUCCACCUCUAUCCGCAGCGCUAAAAGUGCACCUGUCCUGAUCCAUCCUUCCAAACCCCUUCUGCCUGAUAUUGUUCUCACUCUGCUUUCCGAUGAGCUGUCAGAUAUGGAUGAUGCUCCUAUGCAUCCACGACCUUCACGAGUGAGACACUAUUCUCAGAGUGAGGAGAUGCCUACAGAAGCAUUUGCAGCAGUAAAUGAAGAAGCACCAACUCUACCUCGCAGCAGCAGCACCUCUGACAUCCUGGGCCCCUUCACAGCUGAAAGAACCAAAGGUGUGGUGUCUGGUACAGAUCAUCUCACCCCUCAGGCUUCGGACCCCCCCUCCUCUAACACACUGUCUCAGGAAGCACCCAUUACGCAGGUCGAUGGCAGUAUAUAUGAUCAUCUCUGCCAGCUUGCUGGCUCAGCUGAAUUGAGAGAUGGAACAAAAGAACAGGGCUUGUAUGAGGAAUUGGAUUGUGAAGGUCUGUUGCCACAUUUAAGAGCAUAUUUAAGUGAGCAGGAAGUUCUAGAGGCACUGAAGGACAGGGCAGGCACUUACUUGUUUCAUCAAGACAGUGAGAAUUCUGAAUACAUAGAUAGUUGUAAUAAAGGGGAUGCUAUUGCCUUCAUUCCAGAGCUAUACAGUCAAACAGUUUCUUCAGAGCAGGAUGAUACUCGUUUAAGUGGGGAGGGCAAUAUAGCCAAGAAAGCUGGUUGCAUUAGAAUGAGUAACAGGUCACGAGAAGUCCAUGUACGGAUACGGGUUGAUGAAGAAGAAAGGGAGAAUGAUAACCAUGCCCAGGAACAAGGUGAGCGAAAGAAAGGCCUCUGUAGGCAACAAGCAGCUGAGGAAGAGGAACCCUCUGACUUGGCAUCUUCAAAAUUUCAACACUUCUCUGGCACCGAACAUGGGGCCAACAUAAAAAAUCUUUGUGAGUCUGUAACACACAAGACUAAAGCAAUGCGUCGGAAACGUGGCAGCGUUCAGGUCACCUUCCGCCCAGCCACUGAGGCUGUGCAUUUCUACAACUCUAUGGAAAACAAAGAUGCCCCUUGGAAAGUGAGGCUGCGCAAAUUAAGUGGUUUAAGCACUAGCCCUUCUAUAGCAGUAGAGCCAGGGAAAUCCACUGCCUAUGCUGCACUCGGUGCAGUCAGAGUAGCGUCAGGUGUCAGCCAGCCAGGUAAUGACCACCAAGAAUUAUCUUACCCUCCCCCACAAAUACAUAAGGGAUGUGCCCGCAUUAGGCAAAGAUCCUGCAGUCAGGAGAGAGCCCCCUCUCAUGCGUCAUUGGGUGGCGUAUAUAAAACUGUUGUCCAUGCUCUCUCAAAACCUAAGGCCAGUGUGUCCCUGCAGAAGCAACAAAAGAUGGCAACCGAGGCUCCACUGAAGGACCUGUACGGUCAUGUUAUGGGCUAUUUUGGAAGGAAGGCAGCAGCUAAUAAAGAAGAUAUGGCUCCCCAAGUCAAUGACAUCGCCAGUGCUGAAAUUGGCACUAAUGCAAAUAUCCCAGACUUGAUGGACGAGUUUAUAGCUGAGAGACUGCGAUCAGGCACCGGUGUGACUAUCACACGAAGAGGCAGCAGUCCUGGUAGUCUUGAAGUUCCGAAAGAUUUACCAGAUAUGCUUAACAAGCAUAGCCAGAUGCGCCCAGCUGAUGACCCUGGUGUCCCUUCAGAGUGGACCUCUCCAGCAAGCGCAGCCAGCAGUGAUCUUCUUAGCUCAGACAGCCAUUCGGACUCUUUUAACGCCUUCCAGUAUGAUGCAAGGAAGUUUGAAGCAGGUUUCCCCUUUGGAGGAGAUUCAACAGUUCCCAUAUGUAUUGAAGCAGAUGCUGGCUCUACACAUCUAAGCGCUGAGGAACAAGAAGUUGGAAGUCUUACAACACUGCAUAUUGACUCAGAGACCAGCAGCUUUAAUCAGCAGGCCAUGUGCACAGAAGCAGUGGCUGUAACGGGGUCAGAAAGUGUUUCCCCUGCACUGUCUGCUCAUGGGUCAAGAUCAGAGACUCCCUCCCCUGCAGCUUUAAAUUCAGACCAGGCAGAGUUGCAUGAGAAGCUUCAGCAUUCAGUUUUACACACUCCUGAUGACAUCGAGCCUUGUGACUUUCCUUUAGAAAGCUGCAGUGUUAUGGCCGGAGGCACACUUACUGGAUGGCACGCGGACGUUUCCACAGUCAUGUGGAGAAGAAUGCUUGGAAUUCUAGGGGAUGUCAAUAACAUUGCCAAUCCUGAGAUACAUGCUCAGGUUUUUGAUUACUUGUGCGAACUCUGGCAAAACCUGGCUAAGAUUAGAGAUAAUUUGGGAAUAUCCUUGGAUAAUCAGUCUUCUCCUCGACCUCCAGUUCUUAUCCCUCCCCUAAGGAUUCUUACUCCCUGGCUUUUUAAGGCUACCAUGCUGCCUGAAAAGUACAAGCAGGGCAAACUCCAUGCGUACAAACUGAUUUGCAAGAUCAUGAAGAGAAGACAGGACGUAUCCCCAAACAGGGACUUCUUAACGCACUUCUAUAACAUUAUGCACUGUGGUCUUCUUCACACUGAUCAGGACAUUGUGAACACUAUAAUCAAGCACUGCUCACCUCAGUUCUUUGCCCUUGGGCUUCCUGGUGCCACACUCCUUAUUAUGGACUUUAUUGUAGCUGCUGGGAGAGUUGCUUCCUCGUCAUCCCUUAAUGCUCCACGUGUGGAAGCUCAAGUUCUUCUGGGAUCCAUUGUUUGCUUCCCCAACCUCUACCAGGAAUUGCCUGCUUUGCACCCAAGUAAUUCUGACAUUGUAAUGUCCCAUUUUACAGAUGUCAAGGAGCUCACAAUUAAAACUGUACUAAAUUCAGCCAGAGAAGAACCAUCUGGCCCUGCAAGAUGUGUAGCUUUAUGCAGUUUAGGAAUAUGGAUGUGUGAGGAGUUUGUCAAUCAAACAAAUCAUCCACAAAUCAAAGAAGCACUCAAUGUCAUCUGUGUCUCUCUAAAAUUUCCCAAUAAAGUGGUGGCCCAGGUCGCCUGCAGUGUGCUGAAUGUGUUGCUCAAUUAUGUUCAGCAACUUCAGAUUUACCAUUCAGACUACCCACUUAAAAUCAUAGAGAUCCUGCUAGCAACAGUGACCUAUCUGCUGCCAAGUGCCGAGACCUCAUCUUAUGAACAAGACAAGCGGUUGGUGGUCUCCCUGCUUCUCUCCCUUUUGGACUGGAUGAUGGCUUUACCCCUUCCGUUGUUACUGAAACCACUACACCAUGCUGAGUCGGAGAGUGAUGGAAGGGAGAAUUCUGUGUUAAACUGCGCAUAUAAGGUUCUACAUGAUUGUGUCUAUGGCUCCCAACAUUACAGCAAUCCCAAGUACUUUCCAAUGAGCCUUUCAGAUCUGGCGUCUGAGGAUUAUGAUCCCUUUAUGCAACUGGAAUGCCUAAAAGAGCCGGAACCAUUACAUUCCCCAGAUUCUGAGCGGUCCACCAAAUUGCAGCCUGUUACUGAGGUGAAAAUUCCAAAGCAGCAAGGUCUUAUCCCAGUAGCAGCGCGGACAGUAAUCACACAUUUGGUAAACCACUUGGGGCACUAUCCGAUGAGUGGAGACCCUGCCAUGUUGACUAGCCAAAUCUGCGAGAACCAUGAUAAUCCUUAUUGUGAAAGUUCUGAUCUAUCUCCUCAACUCUUCCAUAGCCCCAAUCUGCAGUUCUUUGCUCUCAAUAAUACCACUCUUGUGUCCUGCCUUCAGAUUCAGUCUGAAGAGAAACUACCUCCUGGUGAGGACCUCUCUUCUGCCAGAUCAACUGUACGCGUAAUUAUGCGGGAUCUUUCUGGCAAGUACAGUUGGGAUUCCUCUAUCUUAUAUGGACCUGUACUCCCAUGUGAGGGACAAAUGACUCAGUGGUCUUCCGUUCUGGCAACAUUCUCUCCUCCUUCCAAUCAAGAGGUUGAAUACCCAUCAACCCAGCGGGAAUCUGAGGACUUUUCAUCUCUUUCAUCAAGAAGGAGAGGAAGGGAAUCUCUGCCCCUAUGGGACAGCUUAUCAGAUGAACAAGAUGCUCUUGACUGCCUUUUGCAGUAUCUGGGAGCUACUGGUCCAGAGUGCCUUCAGAGGGCAGGAGUCCCCCUCAAUGUGCCCUCACCUCCACCUGCUUGCUUUUCUGAGAAGCUGGAGAAUGAGGUUAGCAAUGCAAUUCUGAAACAGAGCGCUGAAGAGAGAGAAUUUGUGGAAAGACAUAGUGGUAACCUUCACAUGAGAGCAAUGCCUCAAGAUCAGCCUGUAAACCAAAAACCCCAAUCGGCUUUCUACUACUCCCGGCUAUUGCUUAGUAUCCUCGGCAUGAACUCCUGGGAGAAGAGGCGAAACUUCCACUUGCUCAAGAAGAACGAGAAACUGCUGCGUGAGCUGAAAAAUUUAGACUCCCGGCAAUGCCGCGAGACACACAAAAUUGCAGUUUUCUACGUUGCAGAUGGGCAGGAGGACAAGCAUUCAAUACUAUCAAACACUGGUGGCAGCCAGGAUUACGAGGAUUUUGUGGCUGGUCUUGGAUGGGAGGUCAAUCUGGCCAAUCACUGCGGUUUCCUGGGAGGACUUCAGAGAAACAAGAGCACUGGCUUUAGCACUCCUUAUUUUGCAACCUCAAUAGUGGAGGUUAUGUUUCAUGUUUCUACAAGAAUGCUUUCGGACUCUGAUGAUUGUUUAACCAAAAAGCUUCGCCACCUUGGGAACGACGAGGUGCAUAUUGUGUGGUCAGAACACAGUCGGGAGUAUCGGCGCGGCAUCAUACCCACUGAAUUCGGGGAUGUCCUACUUGUAAUAUACCCCAUGAAGAACCACAUGUUCAGCAUCCAGAUCAUGAAGAAGCCAGAAGUCCCAUUUUUCGGGCCCCUCUUCGAUGGAGCCAUCGUAAAUGGAAAGAUCCUCCCAGGACUGGUUCGUGCAACAGCCAUCAAUGCCAGCAGAGCACUUAAAUCUCUCAUUCCCCUGUACCAAAACUUUUUUGAGGAACGGAUGCGCUACUUGGAUUCAAUCACACAGCAGCAUUUGGAGCCAACCACCUUUGAAGACUAUGCUGCCCAAGUGUUCUGCCCAGUGCCACACAAUCCCCUCCAGCUGAAUGCACGCACCUGCCCCACGAAAGAGCAAGACGAGAGCCUCUCACCUCCGGCGGAUGGAUCAGAACCUUUGUCGCCACGGAGCAGCAAAAGUCGCAUGUCCAUUAAGCUACGACGUUCCUCUGGAUCUGCCAACAAAACCUGAGUCUUCUCUACAUAUCCCUGGGCUGCGCGGCUGAGUUUUCCCAAUCACUGGCAGUGCCAUAUCCAGGACAAAUCCAGGCACUCCAUACUCCAGACUUUAUACUUCCUAUGUUUUUAUGGUAGUUUUUUUUUUUCACAUUUUAUUUGAGUGAACAACACUGGACUUUUAAACCUUAUUUAAUAUUUUAGCCUGAUACCCGUGUUUUUAAUUCUAUACGAUGCAGGGUGCCAUAUGUAUAUCUUUGCAGCUUUUAGCCUCUAGUACUGGGUCUUUGAAAGGCUGAAACAAUGCCUGAAAUGAACAUUCAGUGAGCUCUCGUAGCUAUUUCAUUUUUGUGUUCUCCAAGUUGUAUAUUUAUUCACAUUUAUUAUUAUUAUUAUUAUUACCAGAGGCUUUUUUUCCUCUUUUUUUUUUUUUUUAAACCUGUUUUGUCUGGGUCAACACAAAAAUGAAACCUAGAUGUAAACUGUUGUUUCACUGAUCAUGAUCUGAUUUUGAAAGAUCUCUUGUAUAAAUAUGUCUAUGGCUUUUUUUUGGUACAAUGAAACCUAAAGAGAUUCCAGAUUAAAGAUUAAUGUAGCACAGCAACUCACUAUUUUUAUACAUGUGUUAUUUGUUUUAUAUAUAAUAUAUAUCUAUAUUUCUUUCACAGGCCUGAUUUUAUUUCAGAAUAAUGUGUUAUUUGGCGCAGGGCUUGCAAAGGCAAGAUGGCUUUGUUUGUUUAGCGGGAUGGAUGUGUCGGUGCUUCUCAUUGGCUGAUGAGCCGAGCUCCCGAGAAGGUCAUUCCACUUCCCAAAAGAUAACAUUGGAGGUUUUAUUGUUGUUUUUGUUAUAUAUAUUUAUAUAUAUAUAUAUAUAUAUAUAUAUAUAUAUAUAUAUAUAUAUAUAUAUAUAUAUAUAUAUACGUGAUGAAACUGGUUGCAUGUAAAUGAAUAUUGUACAGGCAUCACACAAUGGUCUAUGCCUUGGCAACAAAGCAUUGCUGUAUUAUAGAAGGCAUUUCUCUAAUCACGACCUUGAAUAACCCUCUGUAAAUUGGCCAAUCGGGGCCGAGUGCUCCUAAAGUCAUGGACUGAAACCCAUUAGUCUGUAGACUUAAGCACCUAUGAGAUGCCGGUCUCGUAUAAUUCCACAUGGAUUGUUUUUGUGUGUUCCAAUCAUGUCACUCCCCUGCAUUGCCUGCAUUGUUUUCUUUAUUAUUUUUGUUAUUUCUUUAUUAUUUUUCUCGUCCUGCUUGUGGUUAGUCUAUGAGCACUGAUACAGAGCGCCAUGUCUUCUAGGGAAACUAUACAGAAUGAGCAUCUUAUUCAAUUAAACUCUGCAUAGUUAACAUUCCUGCUGCUAUAGCAUUGCUUGUCCUUCAUGAGAGGAGUGCAGACCACUAGGGUUCCAUUAAGGCCAUUAUCAGAAGCAGUGACAUUGUGUACCUCCCAUGUAUAGCUGCAAUAUGGCUGCUUUUCUUGCACAGUAACUAUUGCAUUGCAAUGACUGUACAGCCUCUCUUUCAUUAUGUGAUUGUGGUCGCAUUGUAUUGUUCUUUUCCACUCAUAGCCAAAUUUAACGCCUGCAAGUUACAAAUAAAAACACUACAUAUUUUA